UAGAAGGGAGUCUAAGAGGGAAACAGAAGCCUUCAUGUUUCAGUUGCCAAUUUUGAAUUUCAGUCCCCAGCAGGUUGCGGGGGUAUGCGAGACUUUGGAAGAGAGCGGAGACAUCGAGCGUCUCGGCCGCUUCCUUUGGUCGCUGCCCGUCGCACCCUCUGCCUGCGAGGUGCUUAACCGAAAUGAGUCUGUGCUGCGGGCUCGGGCCAUCGUAGCCUUUCACACUGGGAAUUUUCGUGAGCUUUACCACAUUCUUGAGAACCACAAGUUCACCAAAGAGUCCCACUCCAAACUGCAAGCGCUUUGGCUGGAGUCACACUAUCAGGAGGCAGAGAAGCUCCGAGGCCGCCCGUUAGGGCCCGUGGACAAAUACCGGGUACGAAAGAAGUUCCCUUUGCCUAAAACUAUCUGGGACGGGGAACAAAAGACGCACUGCUUUAAAGAAAGGACCCGACAUUUACUUCGAGAAUGGUAUCUUCAGGACCCUUAUCCGAACCCAAGUAAAAAGAGAGAGCUUGCACAAGCUACGGGACUCACUCCCACUCAAGUGGGGAAUUGGUUUAAAAAUCGAAGACAAAGGGACAGAGCGGCGGCCGCUAAAAACAGGUUACAACAGCAGGUGUUGUCUAAUGGCUCGGUUCGGUCCUUAACUGGGGAGGAUGGUCCUGUAGACCGACUGGGGAACGCGUCGAGCCCUGAAGCAAGUCUGUCGAGCAAAGCCGCUGCAUCGGCUAUCUCCAUCACUUCAAGUGACAGUGAAUGUGACAUCUAACAUCGCACCACGAACCGCCCCACGAGCUGUAUGGGAAGACUAUGAGAAAAUGAACACAUUACGAAGGAAAUCGAGACAGACAAUCAGCAAGAUAAACAAGCACACCUGUGCCUGCCUUAACUUAUCAGAGGCUGUUAUACAGCAGCCCGGAAUCUUGGCUUUAUCUUGAAAAUGUAUUUAUCUUUUUUUCCCCCCAGAGCAAAGUGGGGACAAACAAUGACAAUAGAACAAAUAUCAGUAUUGAAACUACUUUUGUAAGCAAAAUCGGGUGCCUCAAGCAAAAUGGCGCCCCUAUAUGCCCACUUUUUAUUUUGGUAAGGACUUCAUGGUGAAACAUUUUACCUCCCAGAUUUUCUAAUGUGUCUACGCAUUAAAUUGUUGCUCUUAGAGUAUCUGAUUUUAAUUAGCUUGGUCAUUUCAAGUCUGGUCAUUUUCGGUGUAAAGCGACCGACUUUUUGGAUCAUGUGAGCCGAUAGUGAAGAUGUUUAAUGA